CCCAAAUUGUUGGGGUGUUCAGGGCUGUGAAACUGAACUUUAUUGGAAAACAGGUCGUCACCCACCAAAUGGAUGUUUAGAGGAAGAAAUUGAAAAGGGUGGUUUCUAUGGAUAGCCUCAAAAGUUGUCAGGCCAUGGCACAAAGGAAGAUCCCGGAGAUACUGAUUAAGUGUUACCCUUCUCAACACAGCCAUGUGGUGGUCUCUCUCCAUGGUGCUGAAACUUUGCUCUCUUUUCUUGUCCUUUUUUCAGCUAAACUUGAAGCAGACCCCCUGUCGCAGGCCCGCUACAAGUUCUACGGGUAUAUACGGCUCAUUGCCAGCAUUUACGGACACCGGCUGGGGGUGCUGGCGAAUAUGAGAAUGGCGGAGGUCAUGGUGGCGAAGGAACGGGCAGAUGACGGUGUGGUGAUUUGUAUCAACAAACGCAAAACUAAUAAACACUUUGGGCCAGCUCAUAUAUACCUGGAUCAGGAGGAGUUCUCCCGGAUGGAGAGGUGGCUGGCCAUCCGGGAGGAACAUUCUCCUCCCAACGAUUUCGUGUUUUUCACGGCGGGCAAGGGCCCCGUAAAGAACAUGGUGAGGUAUAUGCAGACGGUUUGGGUGGAGAUGGGCCUAGAGGGGAGGCCCAACUUUACCGACCUUAGGACGGCAGUGUCGGCCACAUACCAAAAACGUCCACUCAAAAGAGGUGAGGAAGGAGAUGGCGAUCGUCAUGUGCCAUAA